AUGCAUCCUGUACUAUUCCUCCCCGAAAUUACUACUAAUAUUUUCGAGUUCCUAAAUCCUUUUCUUUCAGGACCCACAGGCUCUCAUGAGUUCAAUCCACUUAGUCUGCACGAUCUUGUAGCACUUGCAAAAACGUGUCAUGCGUUGAGUGGUCCGGCGCUCGACGUGCUAUGGAAUAAUCAGUUAUGCUUCGGACCAUUGUUGAUGUGCAUGCCGCCAUCCGUCUUCGAAGUUCGGAAUAGUGAUAGUGAACCAGAAGACGAUGGAACUAUCCUACCUGGUAAUCAACUAUUUCUGCGUCGGAGCAUUCACCUUGUUCAAAACCCUUUGCCCUCGGAUUUGUUGCGAAUGCUUCCUUACGCUCGACGGAUCAAGAGGAUAGGUCCACCUGCAGCUAGUUAUAGAUGGGUUCUUCCCGAACUUUUCUUAGUCCCCUCCCAUGUCAUCAAUUGGCUUCUUUCGGCCUACCCUCUGGACAAGUUUCUACCCCAACUCACUCACAUGUUAUGUCCCGAGCUUGUGGCGGGCACGGGGGACGUUUCGGAUAUUUCGUUCGCUCCAUUAUCUCGUAUUAACUUCACGAGUCUUGAAUUCUAUCCCAUAUUCGACGAGAAAGUGGAAGGCUGGCCAUUACUCUCAAUUCUGGUUAAUGAUCUUCCUCAGCUCAGGACGAUAAAAUUCGAAGUCUAUGUUCCGCGGCACUAUAUGCGCGCAUUCUAUUCUGGAGUAAUUGCUCCUCUGUGCUUGUUCCGCAACUUAGAGCACCUGGAUCUUAAGAUCAGCGGGGAGUUCUCAGAGGGUCCUGGGCUCUCUGGCUUUCAGAUGUUCCCUCGUUUGCAGAAACUGAAAUUGUCAAGCAGCACCAAAUUUGCUGGUGGCUUCUUGACAGCGUUACAUUCGACGGUGCUCCACACGCUUGACUUGACCAUGGAGUACAACCCAUCAGCUGGGAACCAGCCUGAGCACUUAGAUGGACAUCGACUCUUUUCGUCUUUGCGGUGUCUAACAAUCUCAAGUGAUUUCUAUUUCAUGAUGUCACUCAUAGAAGCUGUCCACUCGAGUGCGUUGGAAAGUCUUUCCUUGACUAUCGAGGGUACAUGGCCCUGGGAGAAGGAUAAACCGCUUGCGCGCGCGCUUACUGCCUUAAUCUCGUCGAAGAGAGGAUGGGGACAAUUUCUGAGGACCAUUACCAUCGACCGGCCAGGAGCCCCCGUAGUGGUUGGCGGGUCAUGUGGUCCUAGUCGCUCAUACAUCCUUUCCUUAGAAGACCUCCUUGUCUUCUCCCACUUGCAGCACGUCACACUGGCUGACCUCGUGAUACCAUUGAAUCCUUCUACGCUCAAAACGCUUGCCAUCGGGUGGCCAGACCUGGUCGAAUUCUACCUCGAUCCUGUCUCAGCACGGGAACUUGUGACAGCUACUGUAGAUGUCGGCAGUCUUGCCACAUUCGCAAGGCAUUGUCCGAACCUAUCGCAUCUUCGGCUGGGUAUCCCGUUGGAUAUGGUGGAGUUACCAACAUUAGACGAAGAAACUCUUACAAUUUUAUCUUCGCGCCCCACGCGUUCCGCCUGCAUGCGGAUAUCGGUGGAUGCAUAUUCAUCUCCCGCCGACUCAAAAGCAAUGGCAAAGUUUCUCGCGACGGUCUAUCCUGGCAGAGAAGUCAAGAUCGUACUUGCUGCAUCCUUUUGCCAGAGGGACCUACACAAACCUUCAAAUGUGUGGUAUGAAGUUGUGGGACGGCUCAGGAGGUUACAACCGAGCAGCCUCGAAUUCGGUCCUUGCUAUCGUUCACGAUUUUGCCCUGUGUGCCUCGGUUCAAUCAUUCUUGAUGAUACCGAGCACUGGAUGUGA